AAGAUGGCUGCGCCCUGUGGCUCGGAGCUGCCCGCCAACUCGCCGCUAAAAAUCCCGAAGAUGGAGGUGCUCUCUCCGGCUUCUCCUGGUGGCCUGAGCGACGGAAAUCCAUCGCUGUCCGACCCUUCCACGCCUCGGGGUGCCUCUCCGCUCGGGCCGGGCAGUGCGGCGGGCUCGGGGGCAGCGGCGUCCGGGGGUCUCGGGCUGGGGCUGGGGGGCCGCAGCGCCGCCUCGUCCUCGGUCUCCUUCUCCCCUGGUGGCGGCGGUGGCGGGGCUGCGGCAGCCGCCGCCGCCGCCUGCCGGGGCAUGUCGUGGACGCCGGCCGAGACGAACGCGCUCAUCGCAGUGUGGGGCAACGAGCGGCUGGUGGAAGCGCGGUACCAGCAGCUGGAGGGAGCCGGCACGGUGUUCGGCAGCAAGGCCCCUGGGCCAGCCAUGUACGAGCGCGUGUCCCGGGCCCUGGCCGAGCUGGGCUACGAACGGACCCCGUCCCAGUGCCGGGAGCGCAUCAAGACCCUUCGCAGGUGUUACAGUCGGGUGAAAGAACAUGGUGUUGGGAAAAGAAAGAGCAGUUACACAUUUGAACAGUUGGAACAGGUGUUUGGUCAGGGAGGAUGGGAUGCUCAGCCCUGCCAGCCUGUACUUAUUAACAGUAGUGGCUUGUACCAGGAGCUGGGGUCAGAUGGCAGCGCUAUGGAGGAGUAUCCACAGGAGGACUGGGGAAACCACAGUCAGGAUCUCCAUGGCUAUCCAACAGAUCAGGAAUUGGAUGAAAUACCUGUCACAAAGAGAACGUUAAAAAUAAAACAAGAGUCUUCUGAAGAAGCACAGAAGAGAGACAUCAUGCAAAAUAUCGUACAGAUUUUGGAAUCAGUACAAUUGAAGUGGGAACUGUUUCAGAGCUGGACGGACUUUUCAAGGCUUCAUCUUUCUAACAAACUGGCCAUUUUUGGAAUUGGUUAUAACACCCGUUGGAAAGAGGAUAUCCGUUACCAUUAUGCUGAGAUCAGCUCCCAGGUGCCCCUUGGCAAGCGACUGCGGGAGUACUUCAACUCUGAGAAGCCUGAGGGACGGAUCAUUAUGACCCGCGUGCAGAAAAUGAACUGGAAAAAUGUUUACUACAAGUUUUUAGAGAUCACCAUUAGUGAAGCUAGGUGCCUGGAGCUGCACAUGGAAAUUGACUGGAUACCCAUUGCCCAUUCCAAACCAACUGGUGGGAACGUGGUUCAGUAUUUAUUACCAGGAGGCAUUCCCAAAAGUCCAGGCCUUUAUGCCAUUGGCUACGAAGAAUGUAUGGAGAGGCCCCCCUCGCCACACCUGGAGCGACGUUCUCUGGACCCAGGAAAGGAGGGCCGGGUUGACUUGGAGACCCUCUCAGCACAAGCCUCAUUACAGGUGGAAAUUGAACCCACCCGAAUAAUCUAUUGCUACCUCGGGAUUGCUGAGGUCAGGACUCUCCAGCAAUGCUUAUUUUUACAUUUCCAGGCAAAUACCAAAACCUUCAGCAAAGAUUGGGUUGGUAUUAAUGGGUUUUUGUCUCAGAACUGUCUUGUGGAUCCCGGAGUUUCCCCCAAAUCCAUCUAUAUCAAAUUCGUAGAAGUAGAGAGGGAUUUUCUUUCCGCUGGCUCUUUAGUUGAGUGCCUGGAAAAAGCCAUUGGAUACCCCUUAAAAUUUAACAACUGAAUGUCAUCCUUCAUAAGGAUUUGGGCUCUUACCUCCCUCUUCUCUACUCACUUUGCAUUAGACUGCCCCUCAUCCAGAUGCUGCCAUCAGACUCUUCGCGGAAAUUCUUUCCACAAUCGGGCCAGUACAACUUCAACGGAAUCACGCUAGACUUUGGGCAGAAAAAACAGACCUCACCUGAAAAUGCUCAUUUUGAGCAAGCAAGAUAUACAGCGAACUUGCAUGGUGGGUCAGCUGUUCCUUUUUUAAAAACAAAAAGACGAUUUUUAAAUGGAUUUUAGAGCCCUAAUAUAAACAAAUGUAGGUACAUUCCAUAUUGGACAAAACUUAUACUUUGAGUUUCAUAUGAAAUUGAAAAAUUGUAUUUUUUUCACAAUGUUUCAUUUUUACACAUCUCUAUGUCUCUAUAUAAGUAUUAUUUACAACCCUGAAUAAAUAAGCAAUAGAUAAUGGCAAGUUAAAUCUUGAGUCACAGUAAAAAUAAGACUGUUUUUCAAUAUCACCCUUAGCUACUAUUGUAUAUAAUUUAGAGUUUCAUUUUUUUCACCAACCAAGUGUUUUGCUAUUCCCAAUCAGUGUUGCCUGCAAAGACCUUUGUUUCUGUGAUGUACCAACUUUACAGUUGUGUUGCCAUUUAAACUUUUU